AAGUCCCCCACAUAUACAAGUGUGUUAUUGUUGUUUAUGCUUAACAGGUGAAUCAGAGCAUCAGGUGCUACACACGACCGGUAAAAACACUCACAGAUCAUUAAGUGAUGAACGUGAAGCAGAUGAUGGUAUAAUAUAUAUUACACUUAUUUUGAACUUUGCCACAUAUACAUGUGCGUUAGUAUUAUUUCUGGUAAAUGUAGCUCUCUUAACCAUCAUUUUUAUGUGUGUAGAUGUUGUGAAGUUUUCACGAAGUGAAGAUGACAGUCGCGGUAGGGGACCCUGCAAACAGAUUAAGACAUCUCGUAUGGUUCGUCUUAGUAAACACAGAAUUGAAGUUGCAUACAACAAAAUUACUAAAAGAGCAACCAGUGCUGAGAUACAUAGCCUCCUUGUUCAUGAUGUUGGAGCUAUCAUUCGAUCACAUUGUCCAAUGAAUACAGGUUUUUGGGGGAAAAUAACUGUCGAUGAUAGAGCUGACCUUAUGGAUGAGAUCACGACGAACUUUAAGAUCGACUUUGAAGAUCCUGAUAUAAAAGAGUAUAUAAAUGGACUAUACAAUGGAAGGUAUAGAGAGUUCAAGGCUGAAUUGAGUAAAUAUUACAAGUCAUGUGAGACGCAUGCAAAAGCGCUGACCUUGCCUCCUCCAGAGAUGGUUGACAGAGAUAAGACUGAAUGGGAAUGGUUGUGUAAUCAUUUUAACUCAGAAAAGUUCAAAAAUGCGUCAUCUGCAAACACAACUAACCGUUCAAAUAAGAAGAACAACCACCGUACUGGUUCACGUCCUCUCUCAUAUAUAGUAGAGGAUAUGAUUGCGGAUGGUUCAAAGUUUCCAGAAGUUGCUGCGUUUGAGGUAACUUAUGCUGGGAAAGACAAGCGUUGGAUAAAUGAGGCAACAAAAGAACAACAUGAGAAAAUGGUUGUCAAAACUAAUGAGUAUCUCGCGGAAAAGGCAAAAGAAUAUCAGCUUCCUGAAGACACUCCUUUGGAGGAGAUACCUGUUGAUGAUCCUGAUAUUGGACUUGAAAUAAUGACUUCUGUUUUAGGUACCAAUUCAGGUCGUCGGAUUCGUGGUCUUCGAGAUUCAGGGGCAACAACUAAAAAAGUGCAAAAUUUGGAAAAAGAGUUGGAGGUGGAAAGAGCGGCACGAAAGGCUGCUGAUGCGGCUCGAAUAGAGACUGAACAGAGAAUGCAAAGUACCUUGAAAAAUGUUGGGCAAAAGUUCAACUCCACUUUACAAUCUUGGCAUCAAUCUUUAAUGCAGGUAGGUGUUGUUAUACCGCCAUUCACCCCUUUUUCGCUUGAAGAUGAAGAAGAAGAUGAGGCUGAUACGCUCUUGGAUGA